AUGCUGGUAAAAAGUUUAACUCCGGAGGAUCAUGUAGCCAACUUGUCAAUCGUCUUCACCAUCAUAUUGCGCAACGGGAUGCGGCUUAACCCACAGAAGUGCAUCUUCGGGGUCGAGGCAGGAAAGUUUCUCGGGUACAUCAUUAGCCACAGGGGAAUUGAGGCCAAUCCAGAGAAAGUGCAGGCUAUAAUAGACAUGGUAUCCCUAACCUACCGGAACGAUGCCCAAUCUCUUAUAGGCAAGGUGGCCGCCCUGUCAAGAUUCAUCUCCAGGCUGACGGACAAGUGUACUCCUUUCUUCAAACUGCUAAAAACCCAACACGUCGAGGUGAUAGCCUGGACAGCGGAGCACGAGGCUGCUUUCCUUGGCUUGAAGUCGUACUUGUCACAGGUACCUCUACUUUACAAACCUGUUCCCGGAGAAAUGCUCUAUGUAUAUCUGGCAGCAUCGGCAACUGCUGUGAGCUCAGUCCUGAUUAGGAAGGACUCCGAUUGCGAGUACCCAGUGUACUACGAGGGGAAAGGUUACACUGGUGCAGAGUCCAAGUACCCGGACAUUGAAAGGGUAGCACUGGCUCUCCUGGUAUCAGCCCGGAAGCUCAGACAUUACUUCCAAGCACAUUCUAUCACCGUUUUCACUAAUCACCCAUUGAGGCAGGUUUUGCAGAAACCAGAGACAUCGGGCAGGUUAAUUAAAUGGGCCAUCGAGCUUGGGGAAUUCGAUAUCAAGUACCAGCCCCGGACAGCUAUCAAAGGCCAGGCAGCGGCCGAUUUUAUUUCUGAAUCAAUCCCUUCCCAUGACCCAAACAAGGAACCACCUGAACCGCUAGCCUCGGAUCCACCUCCGCCAAGCACUUGGCGAUUAUACGUGGACGGAUCAUCCAACAAGAAAACUAGCAGAGCCGGCAUCCUACUAAUUAGCCCGGACGAGCAAGUCUACGAGUACGCCCUCAAAUUUGCCUUCAAAGCAUCCAAUAAUACCGCAGAAUACGAGGCACUCAUAGUCGGACUGCAGAUCGCCCGGGAACUAGGGGUCCAACACCUCCAUAUCUUCAGUGAUUCCCAGUUGGUCGUAAACCAGGUCAGCGGUAACUUCAAGGCAAAGGAGCCCCACAUGUCCUCCUACCAGGCCUUGGCCCGGGCUUUAGUUCAGAGGUUCACCUCCUACGUUUUUACCCAAAUACCAAGGGCAGAAAACGACAAGGCAGACGCCCUUGCUAAGCUUGCAUCAACUUCUCCAAACCCUACCUACGGGACCACUAAAGUCGAAAUACUCGCGGGACCUAGCACUUCCAAAACGGUGUCAGAAAUAUUUUCGGUGGAUCACACAGCUUCAUGGAUGGACCCAAUUUUGAAAUACAUGGUUGAUGGCCUAGCACCGAAUGAUAAGGUCGAGGCCAGAAGACUGCAGCUAAGGUCAGCUCGAUACACGAUCAUGAAUGGCAAACUCUACAGAAGAGGACAUUGCUUUCCCAACCUGAAGUGUGUGACACCGGAGGAAGGUCACAAAAUAAUGACGGACAUUCACGCUGGUGUAUGUGGUAACCAUGCCGGAGCUCGAUCUCUUGCACACAAGACCCUAAGGGCAGGAUAUUUCUGGCCAACCAUGUCGGCCCUGGCUCAAACUAUAUCCAGUUCUUGCCACAAAUGCCAAAUGUACACAAAUAUCCCACGAGCACCGCCCAUCGCCCUUUCCAUCCUCCUUGCACCAUGGCCGUUCUGUCAGUGGGGUUUGGACUUGAUUGGUAAACUUCCCACAGCAGUGGGACAGUUCAAAUACGCCAUUGUUGCCGUGGACUACCAAACAAAGUGGGUAGAGGCAGAACCUCUCGUCGCCAUCACCACGGAAAAAGUCAAGAACUUCCUAUGGAAGAACAUCUACUGUAGGUUUGGAGUCCCGGAUACCAUAGUCACGGACAAUGGUACCCAGUUCGACAAUGAUGAGUUGAGGGCUUACACACAGAACCUCGGCACUAAGAUCCUCUAUGCUUCCCCGAGUCCCCGGAUCGAAUACUUCGAUGCGGGUACCAACUCAGAUGGCCUACACCUCGAUACUGAUUUACUCGAGGAACGAAGAGAAGUGGCACAUAUGCAUAACUUGGCAAACAAGCGGAGGAUAGCUCGUUACUACGAUACCAAGGUACAGUCCCGGACAUUAAAAUUGGGGGACUGGGUCAUGAAGCAAGUCUACCCAGAGCCCCGGGGACUGGAUCCAUCCUGGACAGAGCCUUACGAGAUCAGUGAAGAAGUAGGUCCCGCAACCUUUUUUAUCCGGGAUAUGAACGGGGUCAUUUCCAGGCAUCCAUGGAAUACCCAGCGCCUGCGGUACUAUUACAAGUAG